AUGACGCGCAACAGGAAGGGACUGUCUACUGCUCAGAUGGCGAAGUGGCUGAAGCGGAAGAAGCGUGGCGUGAUGAUUUCAAUCGACACCUUCCUGGGCGCCCCCGAGAUGUGGACCGCCUCCGCCGUCAGCGGCGCAGAUCCCUCCCGUAGCCUGCUGCUGGAGCAUGGCUUCCCUUCCAUUUACAAAACCUUCUUGAGCAACAUGCAGCAUGAGCAGCUGACGGAUGUGGUUGUUCCUCUGCCCCUGCCAUCCAAGCUGGCCAGCGUGGUGCUGAAGCGCCUGAACGUUACCGCCGACUUGAUACAUGUGGACGCAGCCCACGAGUACGGCAGUGUGAAGGAGGACAUCCACGCGUGGUGGCCUUUUGUGCGGGGGGGCGGCAUUUUGUUGGGCGAUGAUUGGAGUUGGACUGGUGUGCAGACCGAAGAUGGAGCCUACCAUUUGAAAAUGAAGGGCUUUGUGGCGUUUGAGUUCACCUCGCCGCCAGUGCACUGGGGCGCCCACAACCACACGCUGCGAAACGUGCCCGAGAUUGCCUCCCGCCUGCGCAUGUUCCUCGUGCACAACUCCACGGCCGGGAGCAGCUGGCAGAGUGAGCUUACCCUUGAGAUGUCAAACAUCAACUGCGAAAAGAUGACCAAGGAUGACCCCGCCUUUGAUUUUAAGGCGUGCAUUGCUGCGGCGAGACGCAAGCCCACCAGUAGGUUUUACAACCUAGCUGAUAUCAGCAUUAACUUGGGCCACACCACCGCCGUCGACUUUGGGCUAGCAGUGCAUGGCUGGCCCCGCGGCGCUUCCCUCAAAGCGCAGCUGCAGGCGGCGCUCGCAGCGCCGCCUGCACAGAGCGACGGUCCGCAGCUGCUCUUCCGUGCGCUGCCCUACCUCUCCACCAUCGGCGCAAGCCAGGCUGCCCGGCUUGUGACGUGGAGCAAUGACUACCAUGAGCCACUUGGCUUUGCUGGGACCGUCAUGUAUGUGCUGGCCAAGGAUGCGGCGGAGCUUGUGGCGCAGCCUGGCAUUCAAGCGCUGGUGGCCGCCAAGCGGCUCACGCUGGUGCUCUGGGACGAGUUUGCCACGUACCAGGGCUGGCGUGACUUUGAUCUCCUGGUUGUGCAGGAUCAUGCGGUGCUCUCCUUGUGGGGCCGCAAUGUGUUGGUGCUGGUGAUGGAUAUUGACGAGUUUGUGAUGCCUGCCACCUCUGGAAGCACUCUUCCCAAGAUGCUCGCCCCUGGGGGCUGCCUGUCAGCCCUGCGCCCCGAGUGCCGGCUCAUUCGCCGUUGGAACAUCUUUCCGCACCGCGCAGUGGUUGCCGGCGCGAGCGCCCCUGAUGAGCCCAGCUUGUGGCGGACCGCUGCGGGGCCCAACCCGCUGUACAAGUACAAGUUCUCUGAGAUUGACCCCCUUUACCCAGAGUAUCCCAAGGCGUUGAUGGACCCAGACCACGUGAUGCCCGUCGCCGUCCAUUACACCAGCAUCUGCACCGGCACCUCUGCAAUUGCCAACGCCUCGGCCAGCAGCAAGCUGCGGUCGGCGUGCAGCACGCGCGAGCCAUGCCCGAAGCACACCAUCUGGUGGGCGGGCACAUGCCGAAAGUAGGGCAGCGGCAGCGCAAAGUUGAAUAAAACGACGAGGUCCCACUUGCGCACGUGAAUCGUUGCCCAUGUAGAAUUUGCAUUGGGGUUGUUGGCUACCAUGU